CUCCCACUUCCCAUCUUUCCUUUUGUGUUCAUCUUCCCUGCGCUUUGCCCCAAUCUCUCUUUCUCUCUCUACGGAAGAAAAAAUAAAAGGAUCUAUCUUUGACGGCUCUCUCAAUCUUCCUCACUCCUUUGGCUACGUCGUGUUUGAUCUGAUACUGGACUCUUCUCGCUUCCUGCUUCGUGUCCCUGGUUUCGGUAUGUUUUAGGGUUUUAGUCGGAAUAGACUGAUGGAUUCGCUGGAGCUUGAUAAUUACUGUUAGAUCAGACGUAUAAUUCAGCCAUCGCUGAAGUAAAAAGUAUAUGGAAGAAGCAAAGAUCCUUCACAAGUUUUUUGGUUUGCAGUAGAUGUUGAGAGGGAAAAGUAGCAGUUUUUUUGUUGGAUUUUGGGGAUAAAAAGUGAAGUCUUUGCGUGUGUAAUCUGAGAUAAAGAUUGGAUGGUGGGAAGAGAGGAUGCAAUGGGGAAUGAUGAGGUUCCUCCUGGUUCUAAGAGAAUGUUUUGGCGGUCUGCGUCUUGGUCUGCUUCACGUACUGCAUCACAAGUUCCUGAGAGUGAAGAGCAGCAUCUGAACAAUCCGUAUGCUAACAGUUCUGGGCCGAGUCGAAGAUGUCCAGCUGCUCCUUUAACACCUCGAUCACAUCAUAACAGUAAAGCUAGAGCUUGUUUACCGCCAUUGCAGCCUCUUUCCAUUUCCAGAAGGAGCUUAGAUGAGUGGCCGAAGGCGGGCUCAGAUGAUGUAGGUGAGUGGCCUCAUCCACCUACACCUAGCGGGAACAAAACCGGGGAGAGACUGAAGCUUGAUUUAUCAUCAACGCAGCAGCGGGUCCCAGAUAAGAGCUCUGGUCUAGCUAAGAGGGAGAAGAUUGCUUACUUUGAUAAAGAAUGUUCAAAGGUCGCUGAUCAUAUCUAUGUGGGUGGAGAUGCUGUGGCGAAAGACAAGAACAUAUUGAAGAAGAAUGGAAUCACACAUAUCCUGAACUGCGUUGGUUUUAUCUGUCCGGAAUAUUUCAAGUCUGAUUUUUGUUACCGGUCGUUGUGGUUACAGGAUAGUCCAUCAGAGGAUAUAACUAGUAUUCUUUACGAUGUGUUUGACUACUUUGAAGAUGUUAGGGAGCAAAGUGGAAGGAUCUUUGUUCACUGUUGCCAAGGGGUUUCACGGUCUACCUCAUUGGUGAUAGCAUAUCUAAUGUGGAGAGAAGGGCAGAGUUUUGAUGAUGCAUUUCAGUAUGUGAAGUCUGCUAGAGGAAUUGCUGAUCCUAACAUGGGCUUUGCUUGCCAAUUGUUACAGUGCCAGAAGAGGGUUCAUGCGUUCCCGCUUAGCCCCACUUCCUUACUUAGAAUGUACAAAAUGUCUCCGCACUCCCCUUAUGAUCCUUUGCAUCUUGUUCCAAAACUGUUGAAUGAUCCUUGCCCGUCUUCUCUGGAUUCUAGAGGUGCAUUCAUCAUUCAAUUGCCCUCUGCAAUAUACAUUUGGGUUGGUAGGCAAUGCGAAGCCAUCAUGGAAAGAGAUGCAAAAGCUGCUGUUUGUCAGAUUGCUCGAUAUGAGAAAGUUGAAGCGCCUAUUAUGGUGGUCAGAGAAGGCGAGGAGCCUACUUAUUACUGGGACGCUUUUGCAAGCAUUUUGCCUAUGAUUGGGGACUCGGUUGUUAAAACUCAACCAGGUGACAGGAAGGUCGAUGCAUAUAAUCUGGACUUUGAGAUUUUCCAGAAAGCAAUCGAGGGAGGUUUUGUGCCAACUCUAGCAUCAUCCAACAACGAACAUGAGACUCAUCUUCCUGCAAGGGAAAACAGUUGGAGUUCACUGAAAUGCAAGUUUGCAUCAAGGUUUGAGAAGGGUUUUCGUUCUGUCUCCAAAACGCCACUUUCCAGGGUCUACUCUGAUUCGAUGAUGAUCGUGCAUGCAUCAGGCUCACCUUCAUCAACAACUUCUUCAUCAUCGUCUGCGUCACCUCCUUUUCUUUCUCCUGAUUCGGUAUGCACGACAAAUUCAAGGAAUAGCCUAAAGAGUUUCUCACAAACUUCUGGGCUCUCGUCCUUGAGACCUUCUUCUAUUCCACCAUCUUUGACAUUGCCAAACUUUUCAAGCCUAUCUCUCCUCCCGUCCCAAACUUCUCCUAAAGAGUCUUUUGGUGUCAAUAAUUUUCCACAGCCGUAUAUUGAACCGUCACCAAAUAGAAAGGUUUCACCUUCUCUUGCAGAGCGUAGAGGCAAUCUGAAAAGGCCACUGAAGCUGCCUGGUUUAGCUGAUUCCAACAGAGGAACAACUGGUUUCACUUUACAUCCGGAUGAUAGUAAUGACAUUGUGUUCAACUUGGAGGGUGUUAGAAAUGGUGAUCUAAAUCCAUUAAGUGAUGGCGAGGGGACAGUACCUUCUGAUAGAACUGUAGAUUCAGAUUUGCCACAGAAGGAAAUGAUAUCCUUAAUCAGUUGCAGUAAAUCUGAUAAACGUGAAUCAGGAAGUGGCGACUUUGGACAGCCUUUCGGUUGUCUGUGGCCAAGUAUGGAGAUGAUUACAGAACUGAGCAGAGCUCACUUAGAUUCAGAAUCUGUUAUAGGAAUUCCGUUGCCAAGUAAUGAUGUAGGAGGAACCGGUAGUAGAAAUUUGUACAUUUGGAUAGGAAAGUCAUUCUCUUUCGAUAGCAACCGUUCUAUGUUAGAUAGCAACAAAGCGAUGGACACUGUGGAGAAUCUUGAUUGGGUAGAGAUUGGUGAAACCAUUUUGUCUCAGAUGAACUUGCCUAAAGAUACCCCUAUAAAGAUAGUUAGGGAAGCGGAGGAUCAGACAGAGUUUCUUGCGCUGCUGAGUGCGCUAUAGCACCCGCCCGCAAGUUCUUCACAUUUAAUCGUCCUUGCUUUUUUUUUUCUUUCACAGAUUCCUUCAACUCAACACUUUUCCAUUUUCAGUCACAGCAUUCAGCUCAGGGUCCUCUCUCUCACUUGUUAUGGAAGUUAUGUUGAAGAAACAACUCUCUUGUACAGUUUGGAAAGCCGCUUCUUCCACAUUGUAUCCUCAAGGGCCAUUAUUAGCAUAUUAUCAGAUAGAAUUGUAAGGUUAAGGCUGUAAGAGGAAUCUAUAUAAUAGCAAAUGCACUUUCCCUUUUUGCUGAAGUCACAGCAUUUUUUUUAGACUAUGUACAUUGGUUUUAAUAUUCAACAUAAUACUUUUUUUCUUUUA